UAUAACUCACCUCACCCCCACAUCACAGCCACAGUAAGAGAGUGACUGAAGUGAAGUGAGCCUGAACCAUGGACAAUUCCCAAUUCGACGUGAUCAUCAUCGGUGCCGGCGUCAUUGGUAGCGCAACCGCCUACCAAGCCGCCAAAAGGGGUCUCAAAACCCUCCUCCUCGAACAAUUCGACUUCCUCCACCACCGUGGCUCCUCCCACGGUGAAUCCCGCACCAUCCGCGUCACCUACCCCCAGCACUACUACAUCCCCCUCGUCCUCACCUCCUACAACCUAUGGCAACAAGCCCAGGCCCAAAUCGGCUACAACGUCCUGUUCAAGGCGCAGCACUUUGACAUGGCCCCCUCCGAUGACCCCAUCAUUCACGCUCUCGUCGAGAAUUGCAAGCGCUACAACAUCCCCCAUGAACUCCUCAACCGCCGCCAGCUCGCCGAGAAGCUCCCCGGAAAACUCGACAUCCCGGACGACUGGGUUGUCCUCUCCAACGAGUACGGCGGUAUCAUCAAGCCCACCAAAGCCGUCGCCAUGUUCCAGACGCUCGCCCACAAACUCGGCGCCGUGCUCAAGGACAACGCCGAGGUGAUCGACAUCAAGAAAGAACGAGACGCCGGUGUCGCGGUCUUCACAGGCGGUGGUGAAGUAUUUCGCGGCAAGAAAUGCGUGAUCACCGCCGGAGCGUGGGUGAACAAGUUGGUUAAGAAGGUAGGUGGGUUUGAAUUACCCAUUCAGCCCCUGGAGACUCAUGUUUCGUACUGGAGGAUAAAAGAGGGGCAUGAGGGUAAAUUCGUAAUUGGAGGUGAUUUUCCGACAUUUGCUAGCUUUGGGAAAGUUUAUGUGUACGGAACGCCAACGUUGGAGUUUCCGGGUUUGAUUAAGGUGGCGGUGCAUGCGGGUCGGGCGUGUGACCCGGAUAAGAGGCCGUGGGGCCCGAGUGUGAUGCUGGGUGAGCUGAGGGAGUGGUUGCAAGGGAGAUUUUCCGGUGCGGUGGAUUCCAGUGAGCCUGUGGUGAGGCAAUCUUGCCUGUAUUCUAUGACUCCUGAUGAGGAUUUUGUGAUGGAUUUCUUGGGUGGGUCGUUUGGGAAGGAUGUGGUGGUGGGUGGCGGGUUUUCGGGUCAUGGGUUCAAGAUGGCUCCGGUUAUUGGGAAGAUUCUGACUGAUCUUGCUGUGGAUGGGGGAACCAAAGAGGUUGACAUGAAGUACUUCACCAUUCAGAGGUUCAAAGUAGCUUCUAAGAUUUAGGUGGGUGUGUGCUCUUGUAUGUUCUAUGAUAAUAAAAUUCUAGUCUUUAUUUUUCAUGCAUGUUUCAAAUGUAGGCAAUUAGCUAGGGAUUGAAUGUUGUUUCCAUAAUCACACCUUUUCUCAUGUAAUGUAGUAUCCUUGUUUACUGGGUGUGAUGAGACAUGUUGAUCCCUUCCAAUUGGCAAAGUCAUGAUUCAAAAGUGUUUGGCUGCUAGGAUUUUGUCAUUGGUGUGCUUUAUUAGUUAAUUAAUAUAAUGAGAAAUAAUUGUUCA